GUUACAAACCGCCGUAAAACAACAAAAAGGAAGAAGACGGAGGAAGCUUUUAGACCGAUAUUUCUGCUUUUUACUAAAGUUACACGUGUGCUUUCAAACUUACCGUUGCAUGCAUUUGCUCGAGAUCUGCGCCAUUCUAUAGUGAAGAUAACUAAGAUUAUUAAUUGCUGAAGUUAACAGCUAACCACGUUUUUUGUGUCGUUAAGCAAAUGUUUCUUAGCAUAACUUAACACAUUUUAUAUUUUAUGUUUAUGAAGUCAUUUGGCAUUAUAAAUCUUGCGUUGAGUUGCAGGGAGCGCAAUGGAGAGCGUUGUGCAGACCGUAGGAGCUCUGGAGGCUGUUGUCCUACGAGCCUUUGGUCCACAUGGGGGGCAGGUGUUGUUCACCCGGGAUACGGGACAGGCGAUGCUCAGCCGCAGUGGAGUGCGUAUUCUCACUGCACUACGACUGGACAACCCACUGGCACGAAUAAUUGUGGAGUGCGCAUCAAGACACGGUGUCAGAACAGGGGACGGCUCCAAGUCUUUCAUCCUUCUUCUUGCAUCACUUGUCCGGAAGAUCGAGUGCACUGUCUGUACGGACCAGAAGGUAUCUCUCUCCUACACUUCCAGAGCAUGUUCCAGAGCUCGCCGAUUGGCCGAUGAGCUACUGUCCUUCUCAUUGCACCACCUGGAUGACCUCCUGGCUGUGGGUGUCCUGCCUUACACACAGUCCCUCAUGUGGGAGGAGGUACACGCUGCGCUACCAUCGCUAGUUCAGAAGUUGCUAUCUGCGUUCUUUCAUACUCGUCUGAGCCACAACCAUUGCAGUUUCAUCAGCAGGCUCCUUUGCGAAUUUCUUUCCAACUGGACAGCUAAAGAUAACCAACCGUAUUCCUCUUUGCAGUUUUUGAAUGAAACAUGGCCUGCACUGUAUACUCCUGUAGUUGGCUUUCCUAUUGAUUACUCCCAGUUACUCGAGGGACAAGUCAUCCAUAGAGACUUUGCGAUGCCAUCCAUGCUGACUGCCCUAGGACCUGUCAAGGCUAUCAUUUUAACCACAUCGCUUCACUCCAAAUUCAUCCAAACAGGAGAGACACUGGAAAUAAAAGACAAGGGGAAUAUUACACAUUUCAGCUCAUCCGCAGAAAGCUCUCUAGAAUGUGUGAUAUCAAACCUGUGCAGUCUGGGGGUCUCUGUGCUCCUGUCUUCAGUCAAACAGUCGGCUACGGUUUUGGCCCUAGCAGCACAGAUGCAGAUUAGUGUGGUGGAAUGUAUCAGUCAGGAAGACUUGGCUCUGUUCAGACAUUUAAGUGAAGCCACAGCUGUCUGCGACUUUUGGAAUAUCCAGUCAGAGCAUGUCGUGUCUCUGGCUUUCUGUAAACCAGUACUUCUUGGAGCUCACAGGUACGUCCACAUAGGCUUCCCUGAUAAACAAGACCUCAAACCUUGUAGCCUGGUUAUCUGUGGCGCUGGAGAAGGCCAGACUGAACAGCACGUGUCGGCUAUGCAAGACGCUGUCAGGAUGUUACUGAUCACCCAGCAACCCCCUGCCUCUGCACAACCUGAAAAAAACUCCUCCAUUGCACCUAAACACCCUCCUAGUCCCCAUAACUGUGUUUUGACUGCCGGUGGAACUUUUGAAUUUCUUUUAAGCCACGCGCUUCAAAACAAUUCAGUUCCUAGACACACAGAUAUGAUUUCCAGCAUCUUAGCUGACUCUCUCCUCUGCCUUCCCAGACAUAUUUAUUCCCACAAACCAUUGCAUUUUGUUCAAAUCCAGUCUAAAGUUGUAAAAUGCACCCACACAUGUCCUAUGGGUUCAGAGAGUAGUAUAAACUUAGCAUCAGAAUGUUACACACUGGAGCCAGGGCUAGAGUCAGUCUUCUGUAAGUACCAGUUGCUUUUGGCUGUGUUGCAGUGUGUCUCGCAGCUCUUCCGGAUAGACUCUGUUAUUCACACAUGCAGCAGAUUAAAGACAAUCGCAAACAUUUCCUGCAAGGAGGAGGAGAGGGAGGAGGAGGAAGAGCAGGCUGAGGACUGACAUUGUAUUGUGUGCUAAUGGGGAGGCUGGUCUCUCUAAUACUGACAUACAUGCAUACAGAUUACAUCGAACAAUAAAUGCUUGCUCUUCAUCAUCAU